GAGAGUUGUAAAAUACAAUUUUUAUUUAUAAUAUAAAUACAUAAAGCAUCAGUGAGAGGUGCAAUGGCGCAGGCAACCAAGGAACCGUGCAAGAAAGAGGCCUGUGACAUUCAAGCUUGCCUCUCCAAGAACAACUUUCUUCCACAAAAGUGCCUUAAAGUCAUUGAGCUGCUGGAUUCCUGCUGUGCCAAAUGCAAUUAUAAUUCAACUCACUGCGCUUCCCUCUCCGGACUUUUGAAGCAAAAGCCUAAGGGAUAAGUUUAUGUAAUGACCAAGUUGCAACUGCGUAGAUAACGCUACUCAAUCCAUUAAUUGAAGAAUGGUUGAGAUGAGUGAAAGAAGAAAUAUAAAUUAAGAAACAAAAAUGAAGGGCUACUCAUCGAUGUACCUCGCUUACUGUUCUCUUCUUGCUAUUAUAGAUUUUAGAUUUAUAUUUCACAGUAAGCAGUAAUCAACAAUAAGAGUAAAAAUUAAUUAUUAUUUGUGGUACCAAUGUUUUGUAUUUUUUUUUUCAA